GUCGUCCCAUGGUAGGCGGAGAAACCAGGACGACUACAAAUAACAGGCUCAGCCUCUUUACAACAGAUUAGUUCAGACCGAAGGAUAAACGGCCGAGAAACAUAGAAACAAACCCCGACGGAAUAUACGUUGCUUUUUUUUUAACAGAUUUCACCAUGAAUAAGGACACAGAGAUUGACAUGAAGGACGUGGAGCUCAAUGAGGUCGACCCUGAGAAGCAGCCCAUGACAGGCGACGGCCAGGCUGCAGGUGGAGAGAAAAAUGGCAGCGUCAAGCAGAAGGUCCCUGAGGACGAGGUUACAUUCACCGGCCUGUCCAAAGAGGAGCUGAUGAAGGUUGCUGGCACUCCAGGAUGGGUGCGAACCCGCUGGGUGCUUCUUGUCCUGUUUUGGCUGGGCUGGAUAGGCAUGCUGGCUGGAGCCAUAGUGAUCAUAGUCCAGGCCCCGCGCUGCAAACCCAUCCCUACAAUGAACUGGUGGAACGAAGGACCUAUGUAUCAGAUAUCUGACACUGACGCUUUCGCUGAAGGAAUUGCAGGUGUUGAGGCAAAGUUGGACAACAUAAACCAGUUGAAGGUGAAAGGCCUGGUUCUUGGCCCUCUUCACACUGUUCAGCCCAACCAGCUGAACACCCUGAAUCUCAAAGAGAUCAACCCGACCCAGGGAUCCCUGGAAGCCCUGGUCGCUGUGCUGGAAAAGGCUCACAAGAAGGGCAUUUCUGUGGUCCUUGAUCUGACUCCAAAUUACGCGGGAGAUAAUCCCUGGUUCAACGCUGAUAAUGUUGAUGAUGUGCUAGAGAAAGUCACGGCUGCAGCGGAGUACUGGCUGAAUUUGGGUGUUGAUGGCAUCAAGAUAUCUGACCUCAGUCUUGCCUCCACCUCUGUUGAUUGGUCAAAGCUGCAGGCUGCUUUUCAGAGCAACAGCACUGAGGACACCAAGAAGAGGCUGCUGAUGGGUGUGGUUCAGAGCAUUUCGGCUGCAGAGGUGUCACAGCUCGUCAAUACCACGGGUGUAGAUCUUAUCCUGUCUGACCUGCUCAGCAGCAAUAAAGAAGGUGUGAAGUAUAUCGAGGCCAUGAACAUCCUUAAUCUUCAGCAGAGAAGUGUGGGCUGGGGUCUUGGUGCAACCAAAAACAACCAGCUGUCUAAAGAGGCAGUCACUACGGGCCUGAAACGUCUCUACCAGCUCCUGCUGUUCACCAUGCCUGGAACCCCGGUGUUUACGUAUGGAGAUGAGAUCGGCCUUCAGGCAACUCAGGAUUCACAAUCUCCUAAGAUGGUUUGGGACAUAGAGAAGGAACCUACUGAAGGAGCUGCUGUCAACGAGACUACUGAGGCUGAGCGAAAGGAGCGCGUCGAUUUAAGGAAGUGGUUCAUAUCCCUCAGCGACCUGCGAGGCAAAGAGCGCUCUCUCCUCCACGGCGACUAUUACCCUCUCUACUCCUCCGCCUCCUCCCUCUCUUUCCUCCGUCUGUGGGACCAGAGCGACAGAUACGUAACAGCUGUCAACUGGGGAUCAGCAGCUGAGACGCUCACACUCAAACUGGCACCAACAGAAGGAGUAGAGUUGCCAGAAACAGCCACGGUGGUGCUUUCAACUGACGAAGAGCUGACAGUAGACUCCACCGUUAACUUGGACGAAAUUUCCCUGAAAGCCGGACAAGCAGUCCUGCUGAAGUUCCCCUAUACAGGCUAAAGAUGGCGCCAAAUAAUAGGAAAGCUACCUGCAGAUUAAACUUGGUUUAAAAAAAAAACACCCAUAAAUCAAUCCUAAUCCGUAGGAAUGAUAGGAAUGGCAAACAAUGCAAGUCAUUUCUUUUUACAACAAGCAAUAGGACUUUAUAUGUGUUUAUUUAGUCAGAAUAUAAAUUAAUUUGGUCAAAGUCUUUCUGAGUCUUUUGGUUUUUAUAACCUGUUGGGGUUUUUUUAAACUUUUAUUGGGGGUUUUGGUGCUAAGAAAAAAUACAGCAACCAUGGACAUGCACUCAUCAAUUGAGCAUUUUGUUCUUUUGUGAUCUUUUAUUGUUGACCGUCUGUACAUCGUCCAGAUAUGUGAAAGACAUUCCAUUCUUGUUCUUUGGGCAUUCCUUUAGCUGUUUUAAAUUAUACAUUUUAAGAAAUUCUGUUUUAAUGAGCUUUCUUUUUGGGCCCUUUUUUUUUUUUUCUCACAGAAAGACAUUUAUAGCACAGGAAAAACAAGAUAACUUUAAAAACGAGUGCUAGUAAACAACCGCUACGAAUGGCAUCAAGUCUGUCAGGUGAAGUGAAUUGGAAAUGAAUAAACAGAAAGUUCUGUACCGA